GCAUCUGCAUGUAUAUAAGGCUCGAGCGAGGAGGCGAAUCGUGCCAGUUCGGGAGCCGGAUUCUAACAGGUCCAGAAGCUCAUCGUCGCCCAAGAUGGCAAGUGAAACUGAAGUGAUCGGAUGGGCGGCCAGGGACACUUCGGGCCACAUGGCCCCGAUCACCUUCUCUCGCAGGGCCCUCGGCCCGCGAGAUGUAAAAUUAUCGAUAAAGUUCUGUGGAGUGUGUCACUCAGACUGGACUGUCAUCAGCGGUGAGGUCCUUCCUCCGAGCUUCCCCAUGGUGCCCGGGCACGAGAUUGUGGGAGUUGUGGAAGAAGCGGGGUCGGAAGUGACGAAAUUCAAAGUCGGAGAUCAUGCAGCCGUGAGCUCCUACGUGAAUUCUUGCGGGUCUUGCAGAGUUUGUGAACGAAAGCUACCUCAGCAUUGCAAGGAUGUAGUGUGGGUUUUCAAUUCCGUGAACCCUGCUGACGAACUUCCAACAUAUGGUGGAUACUCGAACUUGAUGGUCGUGGAUGAAAGCUUCUGCUUCGUGCUACCGAAGAACUUGCCUUUGGAUGGCGCCGCCCCACUUCUCUGUGCAGGCGCAACUGUGUGGAGUCCCAUGAAACGCUAUGAAAUGGGCAAGAACGGCAAUCGCUUCGGCCUGGUAGGAUUAGGAGGCGUGGGCCACAUCGCCUUGAAAUUUGCCAAGGCCUUGGGGAUGCAUGCCACUGUAAUCAGCACAUCCCCUGCGAAAGAAAAAAUGGCCCGAGAAGAACUAGGCGCUGACUACUUCAUCGUAUCGAAGGAUCCAAAGCAGAUGGAGGAAGCAGCAGGCACUUUGGACUUUAUCAUCGAUACCGUUUCGGACAUCCAUCCUUUGGACCCGUUGAUGAACCUUCUCGCCCCUCAAGGAAAAUUUAUUUUCGUUGGUAUAGGCCUUGGAAAACUCGAGAUUGAUACACUCCCCAUGUGUUUCGGUGGAACAAGUAUCGGAUCAAGUUGCCUCGCUUCUCCGGACGAGCUACAGGAAAUGUUGGACUUCUGUGGCGAGAAGAAUUUAGUUUGCACGAUUGAGAAAAUUCCCAUAGACUACAUCAACGAAGCCUUCAAGAGGAUGCUCAAGGGAGACGUGCACUUCAGAUUUGUAAUUGACGUGGGAAACACUCUGAAACCCCAGAACUAGGUACUGCAGUGGAGUUGCUUGUACUGCGCCAAAAUACUCUAUGCUCGAUGAAUGCUCGAAGAAUAGCAUACAGAUAACUUGACAAUGGGUUUUUUCACGAAAUAUGGAGGAAACUUCUUGUCCUAUAACUUACUUUCUCCAGUCAGACCAGACCAGUGAAUCGAAAUUCG